AUGUUUGCCGACAUACAAAAGACUCCAACACCAGAUGAAAAUAUUCAGCAUAGAAUGGAAGUACUGAAAGAAAAUGUACGCAAAUACAAUAACCCUUUUUACUUACGACCAUAUAACGUUCAAUCUUUGGCUGAACUCGGUGAAAAUAAAAGGUUAAAUUUCAACAAAACAUAUAGAAAUGAAACAUUGUUUAAAGUUCAUUCAGAACCUAACCAAUAUGGAAACAAACCUACUUUUGUUUCUGCAGACUAUGGAACUACAAUGAGAUGGGGUCAUAAAGCUAACCCGGAUAGGUGGUUCAUAAACUUACAACCACAAUUCCAAGAAGUUGUAGACGCAAUGGAAGUCAAUGGUGAACCAGAUAUAGCUGGUAUUUUCAGCGCGGCUUUAAUGCCAUUGAAAGAUAUGAAACAUGCAGAUAUUUUGGACCAGUAUGAAAUGAACAUGGCUGAUGGAAAUAUAACACCUGACGUUCUAAAACAUUUAUCUCAAAGAACUACACAGAACCAUAAAGAUGGUAUAUUUGGUGAAGAGUUUAGAAAGAAAGUUAGGGAGAGCGAAGGAAGAGAACCUAUUGUACAUGACCUUGCAAACGAAAGUUUGCAAAAUGUCAUAAAAACUUACUUUGCAGACAAUGAACCGAGAAGGGAUGAAUAUUUAAGAAAACUCAAAUGGACAGUACCAAAUGAAAUGUUAGUAUUGAAAAACAUGUUCCUUGACAAAAUAAAACCAACUACAGAAAUAAAUGACGCAAGACUGAAACAUUGGGUAAAAGCUUUCCCAUUCACAAAAGAUAUUGUUGGUAACAUGGAAAGAAAACCAGAAUGGCUACAAAAACAUAUAUUUGGAAACGAGCUUAUUCCAUAUGGACAAGCUCU